AUGGAUCUGUUGAGAUACUUGUCGGUGCUUGUGAUUUGUUUUGUGGAUAGCCAAGCUGGUGGACAUGGAGGCAAACACCAUGUCAACUUGAAGAUCCAUCUCCCCGAGUUUAUACAUCAUGACCAUCACAAGAAGGUGAUAACUAUUCACCAUCAUCAUCACAAGCCAAAGAAGGAACAUCACCAUCAUCAUCAUCACCACAAGCCACAUAUACCGUAUGGCCAUCAUUACCAUCAUCACCAUAAGAAAACUUCUACUCAUGCAGUAUCAAAAGGGCAUUCUAAUCAUCACGGCCACCAAGGACAUGGUCACAGCCACCAUGGUCACGGUCAUCACGGUCACCAUGGUCACCACGGUCACCACGGGCACGGGCAUGAGCACAAGCACCAUGACACACCGAUAACUUACGACCCACCAGCAGUGAACUACGAACCUCCAACAGUUAACUACGAACCUCCUGUAGUAAACUAUGACCCACCAAGCUACGACUAUUCACCUCCUUCUUUUAAUCACGACGUUAGUUCUUAUACUCCCCCUGUAUCAAGCAUCCCUCGAACACCUCAUGUGCAUGGUGUAGUGCAUACAGUGAAGCAGGUUAAAGUAUUUGAUUCCCUGCCAAACGCUCUGCCUGGAGCAACCAACGCAGGGGGACAUAGUUACCAAGUAACAGAGGAAGGAAACGAAGAUGAUGACGUAUUCACCUCAGUAAAUGCGGUUUCACAAGCGUUUCCCGGAACGUACGGCUUUGUUAAAAGCGCAGCAGAACAAAAAGACCCGUUCUCCUCGGUAGCUCAACCAACUUCCCAGACCAACGACCAUAAUCCAUUUGCGAAUGCUAUCCAACCCACUUCAUAUGAAAAUUUAGAGACGUUUACGGGGUCAGAAAAUAAUGAACCGUUUCCUUCCCAUUCUGUUGAAAGUGACUUGCCAACGCAAUUUUCAAGUUCAGGGCAGGGAGACACUGGUUUGACCAGUUUCGAUGAAUCGGAUGGCAAUUUGAUCGGCGGAGACAUUGGCAGUCGAGCAUUGCUGUCUACUUCUGGUGGAUUCAAUGACGACACUCCGGUCACAUUCUCAAGACAAGCUGGAAUUCACCAUACGAUUAAUACAGAAGGUAUUCAAACCGUCGAAUAUUAA